AUGUUGAAUGGAGGAUCGAUUGGGUACUUUGGCGUGGAAAGGGGUCUUAGACAAGGGGACCCAAUCUCCCCUAUGCUUUUUAUCAUAGCUAAAGAGGUGUUAUGUAGACGGCUGACUGACUUGGUCGCAAAAAAGAGGUUGAAAGCUUUGAAUGGUCCACGUGGUGCCACUACUCCAAUGCAUAGUGUAUUUGCGGAUGACAUCUUUAUUUUCUCCAAUGCCUUGAUCAGGCUGAAGGAGGAAGGUGGGUUGGGGCUGAGAAGGUUGAGGGAUAUGAAUAAGGCGACUCUAUGUAGUCUAGCAUGGAGAAUAAAGCAUGAAAAGUCGUUCGCAUACAACUUUCUCAGGGCAAGAUUUCUGAAACGAAAUGGCUCACUUAGACCUGGUUACAGGGCAUCGUCUAUUUGGCCUGGAAUAAGGGAGGUGUGGGGCCUCAUUGUGGCUAAUGAGAGGUGGAUGGUUGGAAAUGGUAGGAAGAUUGAUUUCUGGAAGGACAAAUGGGUUAAUGGGUUCUCUGUCCAGGAUUCAGUGGAAGACACUGGCGAUCAAGGUCCUUUGAUGAUUGAUCGCUUCAUUACCAGCUUCUAG